AUGCAGGAGCGAAGUUCGAGCGGAAAGCACGGCCACCUCUCGACUAGACCUGAGAAGGAUGCUGAAAGCCGACAGCUUGCAAGUGUAGCAGCUAGUUUCGCAGUAUCGAUUGUAAACGAUAAGGAGAAUAUCGAUCCUUCAAGGCUAGUAGCCGACCGCAAAUCAAUGAUUGUCCACGACGAUGCAGAGGCGACUCCCAUUAUCAAACAUGGUUGUAGCAGCCUUGGCCUCCGAGAACCUCUGGGACGGCCCACAAAUGAAGGGGACGAUUCUGAUUUCAAUCCCCAGGACAAGUGUCUUGAGAUCAGAUCAACCCCUGAUCGUGGGCUUGCGGUCUUUGCAAGCCGCAAAAUCAAGGCGGGAACUCUGAUCCUUUCAGAGCGAUCACUGAUCACACUUUGUAAAGAAGAAGAGGACGACCACGCCGCAAUCGAGCGCGAGUUCUCAAACUUAUCUCGCUCAAACCAGAAGAUAUACCUGAAGCUCUUCGAUGCCGAGAAGUCGCGCAUGUCACGAGUUGCUUCCAUAUACUACAGCAAUUGCUACAACCUUGACAGUCUCACUCCCGAUGGGAGAGGAGGUUCUGCGCUGGGCAACAUGGCGAGCAGGUUGAAUCACUCAUGCAUUGCAAAUGCUCAAUUUUCCUACGAUUUCGACCGGAAACAACUGAUGUUCUAUGCCAUCAGAGACAUACCACGUGGAAGAGAGGUCUGCAGCAAUUAUGAGAAGAAUGUCUUCGAAGCUGCCAUCAAAAGGAUGCAAAAGCUUCGAAUGUACUAUGCUUUUGACUGCCGUUGCGAGGCAUGCGAAGGAGUGCAGAAGAAUGAAUUCUGGGGCAGAAGCGACGAAAGACGCAAGGCUAUGCUAUAUGCAUUCAAGCAGGUCCAGACAUGCGAUAAAGCUUUCCUCAAUCAGCAGGCCGAGAAUAUCCGGUCAAACCAGGAGCUCAAAGAUAAAGUCAUCGACGAGGCUAUUUCGGCUUUGACGAGGCUGGAAGCGCUUCUCCUCAAGGAAUGCCUAACUGGAAUCGUGUUGGCUAACACUUGUCGCAGUCUAUCAAAAUGGUGCGAAAGGAAGCAGCGACUUGUUGAGGCAGCCAAGUGGAAAGAGAAGGAACUGCAGAGUUGCGAAAUGGGCCUGGGUAGUCACGCCUAUCGUACUAGAGAAGCUGCAAAGAAGCUAGCAGAAUUGGGGAACCAGCUUCCAAUAUAG